CCCCUCGCACUUUCGACGCCAUUUUCACAAAGCCACACACAACACACUCUCACAUAAUCCGUAGAAUUUUUAUCAUCUUUCAAGUUUCGACAAUGGCUUCCAGUGCUCUCUCAGGCGCCAUCGUAAGCACCUCUUUCCUCCGCCGUCAACAGACACCAAUCAGCCUCAGAUCUCUCCCAGCGGCCAACACACAAUCCCUCUUCGGCCUCAAGUCCUCCACCGCACGCGGCGGUCGCGUCACCGCCUACAAGGUCAAGUUCAUCACACCGGAGGGAGAAAAAGAAGUGGAGUGCGCAAGUGACCUCUACGUCCUCGACGCUGCAGAGGAUGCCGGAAUGGACUUGCCCUACUCAUGCCGUGCCGGUGCUUGCUCGAGUUGCCUCGGCAAAGUGGUAUCUGGCUCCGUUGACCAGUCGGACCAGAGCUUCUUAGACGAUGACCAGCUGGAAAUGGGUUAUGUCUUGACCUGUAUAGCUGUGCCGACUUCUGAUGUCGUCAUCGAAACCCACAAAGAAGAAGAACUUGCUUAAAUUUUUAAAAGCUUUUUCAUGAAUGUGAUCCCUUGUUGUAUAAGUCAUCUCUCUUGUUACUUCGCUAAUGUCCCCCUAAUUUGGCUCAUCCGUUAAUAAGAUCAAUCAAUAAAUACAUUAAUUUAUAUACC